CGACUCCGCUUUUCUAUUGGUGGGGCGUGUCCCCCUCCGCCCCCGGCCCGGCCAAUCAGCGCGCGUUCCCCCCCUCCAAACGCUAGAGAGGGUAGCGGCUGGGAGACUUCGCUUCGCAGGCGCGCGCGCGCGGGGCAGGCAGCUGCGGGGCCCGGCGUCUCAGCCCACGCGCGGGGGGACUCGCGCCGCCGCCGCCGCCGCCGCUUCUCUCUUCCUGUCACUCCAGGAGAACAAACUGUAUUGGAGACCCCUGAAGCAAGAAGUUUAAGGCAUUGGUGACAUGAUGCCUUCAGUUCCUCCAAAAGCAGAGAUGGACACCGGUUCCUGCUCUCACUUCUCUGCUAAAUGCCUGCUGAACGGAGGGCUGGAGAAGGAGCCCUGUAACAUCGGUGAGGAGAGAAAGUGGAUCCGACCUGACACCCCUAGCAAAUGUACCUGGGAGCUGGGGAAACCCCCCUCUGAAUCCCCUCAUUAUCACCCCACUUUGCCAAAGUCUCCAAACAUCCUGCCAAACAUUCUGAAGAAAAUUGGUGAUACUCCUAUGGUACAAAUCAACAGGAUCGGAAAGUUCUUUGGACUCAAGUGUGAACUCUUGGCAAAGUGCGAGUACUUUAAUGCUGGGGGGAGCGUGAAGGAUCGAAUCAGCCUGAGGAUGGUGGAGGAUGCGGAAAGAGCUGGGAUUUUGCAACCUGGGGACACUAUCAUUGAGCCAACAUCAGGAAACACAGGAAUAGGGCUGGCCCUGGCUGCUGCAGUGAAAGGCUACCGCUGCAUCAUUGUGAUGCCAGAGAAAAUGAGCAUGGAGAAGGUGGAUGUUCUGAGAGCUCUUGGUGCUGAGAUUGUGAGGACCCCAACUACUGCCAGGUUUGACUCACCUGAAUCUCAUGUGGGAGUAGCAUGGCGACUGAAAAAUGAAAUCCCCAAUUCCCAUAUCCUAGACCAGUACCGUAACGCCAGUAACCCCUUGGCACACUACGACACUACAGCUGAGGAAAUCCUGCAGCAGUGUGAAGGAAAAAUAGCCAUGCUGGUGGCUGGAGCUGGCACAGGAGGCACCAUCACUGGCGUUGCAAGAAAGCUGAAAGAGAAAUGCCCAGAUUGCAAAAUUAUUGGCGUCGAUCCCCUGGGCUCCAUUCUUGCUGAGCCUGAAGAACUGAAUAAGACUGAGAAGACGACAUACGAGGUGGAGGGGAUUGGAUAUGAUUUUGUCCCUACCGUGCUGGACAGAUCGGUGGUGGACAAGUGGUACAAGAGCAACGAUGAGGAGUCUUUUGCUUUGGCACGCAUGUUAAUCAGAGAGGAAGGAUUAUUGUGCGGUGGCAGCUCCGGCAGUGCAAUGUCCAUUGCUGUGAAGGCUGCCAAGGAUUUGACGGAGGGUCAGCGCUGUGUUGUCAUCUUGCCUGACUCUGUCAGGAACUACAUGUCCAAGUUUGUGAAUCAACAAUGGAUGACCCAGAACGGGUUCAUGAAAGAAGAUGACAUUAUUAACAAACCUUGGUGGUGGCACCUCAAAGUUCAGGAAUUAAGUCUCUCUGCUCCCCUGACAGUGCUUCCAGGUGUCACCUGUGAAAAGACCAUUGAAAUCCUCCGAGAGAAAGGAUUUGACCAGGCACCAGUUGUUGAUGAAUGUGGUGUGAUUUUGGGAAUGGCUUACCCUUGGGAACAUGCUUUCUUCGUACUUGCUGGGAAAGUUCAGCCACAGAUCAUGUCGGCCAAAGUAAUCUACAAGCAAUUCAGACAGAUUCAUCUGCAAGACAGCUUGGGGAAACUUUCUCAUAUCCUGGAAAUAGACCACUUUGCUCUAGUUGUACAUGAACAGAUUCAGUAUCACAGUGACGGCUCCUCCAGUAAGAGACAGAUGGUGUUUGGCGUUGUUACAGCCAUUGACUUGCUUAACUUUGUGACUGCACGGGAGCGGGAAAGAAGGGCCACCUAAGUUCAAGGACCACUCUGCAACAUCUUCCAUGGUAUUUUGCAAUCUCUAGAAAGAAUCAGGUCUCUCUCUCUCUCUUUUCCUUUGCUAGAAUGUUCUGUCUCAUGUUUUGUUUUUAACAUUCUAAAAAUAAACACAGCUGGAAUCAUCCCGACUACUGUAAUAUAACCAGCACAUCUAAAUGUUGCACAGCUUUUCAGAAUUGUUAGCUCUCAGCCUGCUGAAAUUGGUUGACCUGGAUAGAAUUUAUAUAAAAAACAAAUGUUAGACCUUACUGAUUGUAUUUAAAGUCUAAAACACUGUUAACACUUAAUUGAAGGUAAUAAAGUGAACAGCCAAGCCAUUGUGUUGGAAGCUGAGGCGGAGAGCAAUCUUGGAAGACUGCCUAUGAGACUAUGUGUUGCUCAUUAACAUAGAAUAAGUCAGACUGGAUUUGGUGACAAUAUGGGUAUGCCUUACCUAGUAAAUAUUUCUGUAUCUUUUCACAAUGCGAUUGUUAACUUGAAACAGGGUUGAGGUAAAUCCUGGACUCCAGCUAUAGGGUUUACCUCCAGCAGCUGUUUUGAGUCAGAGCGAUCACUUGCCUUGUCUUGACUGAAAUAUUGCAAUAAGAUAGCUAACACAAGGAAGUGAUCUUACUGUAAAAGCCACACCUUUUAUUAGUGAAGACACAGCUUGUAUCAUUAUUUUUGCCUGGCUGAAUAAGCACAUGUGUAAACAACAAUAUAUCAAAAUCAGAUCAAGCUGUCUAAAGAGCGGAAUUCUUAGCAGUUAUGGCAUGUUUCGUGCACAACAAGAAGGCAGAUCUUUCCCGUGAAAACUUUUAUCUAAGACUGACCCUACUUGAACUGAAAUUCUUAUGCCUACACUGGGUUAUAUAACGUCAUUCUUUCCCGUCAGGAGCAAGGCGGAGGCCCUGUAAGAUCCUUUCAUAGCAGCCCCCUGGCCUCCUCAAGUGCUUCUGAACUCUAGAUGUUACUGCAGGGAAGGAAAAACUAGCUUCUGUGAUGUAUAACAAAACAUAAACACAACUACGACAAAAUCCUGCCCCUUACUUAGACAUAUAUAAUGGACUACAGGCAAUAGGGCUGCAUAUGUCUGAGAGAGGGCAGAAUUUGGCCCAUAAUAUUUAACAAGUGUACUGAAUACACUGUGGCCAUAUUUACCGGUGCCCCACUGCAAUGGCAUUGUCUGAGCCAGUCACAGUGGAGGGGAUGCUGUGCAGUUAGCUAGGUGUAACUGUAUGGAUUUCUUUUAGUUACAGAGGCUUCUGGUCUCUCAUUUGUAUCUGACUUGCAUUAGUUUAGUGUUGCCCUUUCUCAAACUGUUCAGUCCCCCUAACCUUGUAAUCUGGCUAAUAGCAGCUCUCAGCCACUCUGCAGUGGUUAACAUGAUAACUCUACAGUUAUGGGGGGGGGGGAAUCUACUUCCUAUCUCUAUUAUCACUGCCGUGAUCCUCCUCUGAUAAAUAUUUGCCACGGUAAAGCUCUCUGCAGCACAGAGAUGCUGUCUCGGCUUCUCACUCCCUUUUGCUGUAGCAGAAAAAUUCUACAGUUUACACAAAAACUCCCAAAGAAACUGCAGCUGUCAAUCAACUAAAAGGAAUUUAUAUAUGUGUGUGUGUGUGUGUAUGUAUAUGUGUGUGUAUAUAUAUAUAUAUAUAUGUGUAUGUGUGUGUGUAUGUAUAUGUGUGUGUAUAUAUAUAUAUAUAUAUAUGUAUGUAUGUGUGUGUGUGUAUAUAUAUAUAUAUAAUAAUGAAAAUACAGAUGGGUGGGGUUUUAUUUAUACAUACGUACAUACAUACAAUAUAAAACCGCACCCAUCUGUAUUUUCAUUUCCCUCCUUCCUUCGAUCUCUGCAGGUCAGCAGGUCUCUUAGCCAUACAAAUGCGUCACAUUUGCUUUGCAGUUUGAAAAUCUGCAGCCCCUGCCUCCCAAUUUAGUUUUGAACACAAACUGUAAACAGAAAUAUUAGUUAUUUUGGAGACAGUAGCCUUGCUGGUCUGGAGAGGAGAGAAAUUAAUGUGUAAUGGGAGAUGAGAGUUAAGACUGGCUUUGGACGUUUCUUUACCUUCUGUAGCAUGACCAUCUCUAUUUUGUUUUGUAACUGCUUCUCUUUACUCUUAAAAGUUGAAUAUUAAAAAAUAUCAUCAUUAUAACAACUUCAGGCUGCUUCAUGUUAACUCUUUAAUGUCAUAUCCAUGGCUACUAAAUGCUUCUGCCUUUGGCCUCUAAGCUUAUUCAACCCAGGGUCUGAUUACCUCAAACACCAGAAGUCCCCUGAAGUUACUGUUAUAACAAAGUUACACAAAGUGUCUGAAAGACUUAAAGCUCUCCCUGUUGCUUGGAGCCAGUGAGCAGCUUAGAUAGCUUUAAAGAAAUGCUCCCUUCCACUUGGUCCUGGACUGAUUUAAAUAAUUUUCUAACUAUUGAUGGAACAGUACCAUUGGGAGGGGAUCUUAUAGACAGUUGCAUCUGGCAGAAUUGUCCCAGUCCUGAAAUGGACUUGGAGGAAAAAGUAAUCGAAUGCAGUGGUCUGUUCAAAACUCCCUGUGUAUUCUAUGGCAGCAAUCUCAAACUGUGGGUCGGGUUUGCCUAAAAAUCUCUGUAUUUACAGUGCUGUGAAGACCAAAUAAGGCUGGCAGAGAAGUGUGUGUAUUUGAGAGAGAAACUCAAGUCUUGUGUCCAAAGCUUGAAUAGAACUAUUUUUACUGGGGGGGGGUGAGUGUGUGUGUGUGUGUCUGCACCCUCCAUAUUAUCUAGCUUUUUUGUAAACGGAUGCUGGCUAUCUUACUUAAAACUACUUUACACAGGGAUAUUUGUUGAAAUGUUGCAUUGCAUUUGUAUGUCUUUCUCUUUAAUUUCAACCCUUUUGGUUUACUAGUGACUCUGUAAAACAUUAGUUUUCUUAUAUGAAGGCAAUUUUUUAAACUAAAUCUGUGUAAUUCAUCUUUGCAAGGUUUCCUAGUAACUUCACGUGUCAGAUAAGGAUUUAGAGAGCUUUUAAAGUCCUUUUUUCCACUCAUGCCAUUUCUGUGGCUGACUCCAGAAUUCCAUGUAUGUAGUGUAAUUGCAGGCCAUGUUGGUCCCAGGAUAUAGACAGACAAGGUGGUGAGGUAAUAUCUUGUAUUGGACCAACUUCUGUUGAUAGAGACAAGCUUUUGAGCUACACAGAUCUUCCUAUAGCUUGAAAGCUUCUGGUCCAAUAAAAGACUCUCUCUCUCUCUCUCUCACCUUGUCUCUCCAGAAUUCCAUGUAAUUCAUUUAAUUGCUCCUGCUGGACAGACGUAAUCUUCAGAGUUCACCACUGGGUGCUGUCUUAACCAUAGAUUGCAAUACAGAGCUUCAUGCAGCAAGUAAUACAGUGUUUUAAAUGGUGUUAGCCAUGCAGAAUUCAUUCAACGCUCUUUCUUACUGUUAAUGUCAACAUUUAAGGUACUCUUCAGUAAUUAAGGGAAGUCUUUUAUGUUUUAAAAGGAACAUAUUCAAUACAAUGUGCUGUAUUUAUUGCACAAAAGUUCAAUGUACAUUAUAAAGAGUUCAAUAAAGCUACUUGAGUGACUUAAA